CCGCUCCCCCAACACACACGCACGCACGCACACACAACCACGCGCACGCUCUCAUUCUCGCUCUCUUUCAGUCACUCACUCUUUUCUCUUUUCAAAGCCCGUUGUGAAGCAGAUUGACAGGCUAGAAUGAAAAUGAGGCGGACGCUCGGUCACGACUUCAGUGCGUACCCGUCCUUUUGAGAAGACCUCUAAACUUGGAUCAUGGGAGCUAUUUGGGCUGCAAGGGACUUUUGUUUGUUUUUGCUCUUGUUAAAUAGUCGCCAAAGCGUUGCGCUUCCAGAGAUUCGAGCAGAUCCGUGUGCAGAGGGAAGUGAUGGCUGUCACAUUGAUGCUAUUUGUCAGACUACCCAAGGCUCAUACAAGUGCACAUGCAAAGCGGGCUUUAAAGGAGAUGGAAAACACUGCGAAGAUAUUGAUGAGUGUGACCUGGAGUACAAUGGAGGUUGUGUGCACGAGUGCAAUAAUAUCCCAGGCAAUUAUCGAUGCACUUGCUAUGAUGGAUUCAAUCUGGCGCACGACGGACAUAACUGUCUGGAUGUGGAUGAAUGCAAGUUCAACAAUGGUGGAUGCCAGCACACUUGUGUCAACACCAUGGGCAGCUACGAGUGCCGCUGCAAAGAGGGCUUCUUCCUCAGCGACAACCAGCACACAUGCAUCCACCGCUCCGUGGAGGGCCUCAACUGUAUGAAUAAGGAGCACGGCUGCGCCCACAUCUGCAAGGAAACACCCAAAGGGGGUGUGGCCUGUGAGUGUCGUCCAGGGUUUGAGCUGGCCAGGAACCAGAGGGGCUGCAUCUUGACUUGUAACCAUGGCAACGGAGGCUGCCAGCACACCUGUGAGGACACGGAGAAUGGCCCCAUAUGCAGGUGUCACGUCAGGUACACUCUGCAACCUGACAUGAAGUCAUGUGUGGAGCUUGAUGAAGCCACCACUGAAUCCUCGGACCACAACGCCACGUCCUUCGCCGAGGUGGACAAGCGUGUUAAAAGAAGACUGUUAAUGGAAACCUGUGCGGUGAACAACGGCGGCUGCGACUGCACCUGCAAAGACACGUCCACAGGCGUGCGCUGCAGCUGCCCCGUGGGUUUCACCCUGCAGCCCGACGGAAAAACAUGCAAAGGUCAGACUUCGUCCCACCCCAAGAGCUUCCGACAGAGAUCGAACGGCCUGAACACGAACCUUAGCUCGAAUGUAGGCAAUUCGUUUCUCGCAGAUAUCGACGAGUGCGAGGUCCACAACGGCGGCUGCGAACAUUUCUGCAGGAACACCAUCGGCAGCUUCGAGUGCAACUGCAGAAAGGGCUUCAAGCUGCAGUCCGAUGAGCGCUCAUGUCAAGAUAUAGAUGAGUGUUUUUUCCAACGCACGUGUGAUCACACAUGUGUGAACUCCCCCGGUGGUUUUCAGUGUCUGUGCAACAAGGGCUACACUAUGUAUGGACUGGCCCACUGUGGAGACAUAAAUGAAUGCAGUGUGAACAAUGGUGGUUGUGAGCAGGGUUGUGAGAACACCAUGGGUGGAUUUGAGUGCUUUUGCCGCCCUGGCUAUAAGCUUCACUGGAACAAAAAGGACUGUAUCGAGGCUGAGGGUUUACCACCUGCAAGCCCCCCCUCUAAACCUACAUUGAACUGUAGCAAGCAGCAUGGAGGGGACCGCUGCUUUUUGACCUGCCAGUCUCAAGUUCACAUCAGCAGUGGGACGGAGGAUUCCUACACGGUGACCUGUGGAAUGCCUCUGCCCUGCUUGGCUGACGCACAAAAGAACAACAGUGGCUUGUAUUGCUUUGGCAAGUACAAAACCUCACAGAUUUACAUCAAUCUUUCUGCUUUGCCAUACAAAACAGUAACUCAGGAACAGCUCAGGCUUGUGUUUCUGGUUUUCGGUCCAGGAAAGGCCAAUGUUCCACGCAUUAAAACCACAGCCACUUUUAAGUCUGGCACUGCAAAGUGCAACUUAAAACGAAGUCAGGAGAAACUCAAGGAGACCUUAAACUCUGCACACUCAGAUAGCAGGUUCCUCUUCACUGAGAAUGUCCAGUUCAGCUACGUGAGCCUGCGCUGCACAUCGUCCGGCCAGAGGCCGCGCAGCCGUCACAGCAGGAAGACCGGCGAGGAGGACGGCUCCUCCAUCACAGCUGAGUUUGAGCUGGAUGUGAACCUUGAGGAGGUAACAGCAGAGAGCUGUGAUCUGAACUGCGUGCGUCGGCGCUCAGAGAGAAGGCUCAGGAAGACCAUCAGAACCCUGAGGAAGUCCAUCAACCGGGAGCAGUUUCACCUCCACUUUGCCGGCGCUGACUACGAGCUUUCAAAGAGUCUGGGUCAACCAGCAGAGCUGCCGGGACACUGUGCGGCCGGACAGGUGCUGGUGGGCAGGAGAUGUGUGAGCUGCAGUGCGGGGACGCACUACAACAGUGAUCAAGGACGAUGCGUGCUUUGUCCAGCUGGAACAUAUCAGGAUGAGGAGGGACAGAUGUCUUGUGAGGCCUGUCCCACCCCUGAAGGAAGAGAGGUGUCCAAGGUGGUAGGAGCUCGAAAUAUGUCAGAGUGCGGAGGUCAGUGCCCCCCUGGUCAGUACUCUCACGACGGCUUUGUCCCUUGCCUAUCUUGUCCGUUGGGAACGUACCAGCCUGAAGUGGGGCGCACUUCCUGCUUCCCCUGUGGAGGAAAUUUGGUCACCAAGCACAGUGGAGCUGUCACCUUUCAGGAGUGUGAGACCAAAGUCCAGUGCUCCCCGGGACAUUACUACAACACCACGACACACCGCUGCAUCCGCUGUCCAACGGGCACAUUUCAAGGGGAGUUUGGCCAGAAUUACUGUGUCGCCUGUCCUGGGAACACAACCACUGACUUUGAUGGCUCCACUAACAUCAUGCAAUGCAAAAACCGACAGUGUGGAGGGGAGCUGGGAGAUUUUACUGGCUACAUCGAGUCUCCCAACUAUCCAGGGAACUACCCUGCCAACAUCGAGUGCACUUGGACCAUCAACCCACCUCCCAAACGCAGAAUCCUUAUCGUUGUUCCGGAAAUCUUCCUGCCCAUUGAGGACGAAUGUGGAGACUACUUAGUAAUGAGGAAAAGCUCUUUGUCCAACUCUGUGACGACCUAUGAGACGUGUCAGACGUAUGAACGCCCCAUCGCUUUCACCUCCCGCUCAAAGAGGCUUUGGAUUCAGUUCCGGUCCAAUGAGGGAAAUAGUGGGAAAGGCUUCCAGGUUCCAUAUGUGACAUAUGACGAGGACUACACAGAACUGAUCGAAGAUAUUGUGAGAGAUGGAAGAUUGUAUGCAUCAGAGAAUCACCAGGAAAUCCUCAAGGAUAAGAAGCUCAUGAGGGCGUUAUUUGACGUGCUGGCUCACCCGCAGAAUUUCUUCAACUACACGGCACAGGAAUCAAAAGAAAUGUUCCCUAAAUCCUUCAUUCGCUUCCUGCGCUCCAAAGUCUUGAGAUUCCUUCGUCCUUAAAAAUAGUUGACCCCUUAUCCUGGAUAUGUCAUGAUAAACGUACAGCGGAUACAGUAACUCCUUAUUCAAUGCCCCCUUAAGUGUAUUCUGUCAUUAAUUGUAAAACCAUUGUAGAGUGGAUCUCACAUUAAGGACUAUUCAAAUCGCAUGUGGACAAUUCAAGCAAGAGGACUUCAGAUAGGGUUUUAGGGAAGAUGUAAGCAGCAAUGACAUGCAUCUGCAAUCUCAGAAAUAAAUUGAGAUAGCUUGUCUUUGUGUGGAAAUAUGCUUUUAUAUCUUUUCUUAAGAUUUUAAUAUCAGGAUUGAAAUAAGAAAGCUCCCAUCUUGUGUAUUUGAAUACUGCUUAAUACUGCACAUGUUGACUUUAUGGGACUUUUGGUAAUAGAGUCAUGAUGAAUCACGAAUAUGGUAGUUGAGCAACUAUAUACCGAAUGUCAAUGAUACUGUAUAUAGAGUGUGUAUUUAGUUUUAACAUAGGCUUCUUUUACAGUUAGAGAUGAAUUGUUGACAGAAAUACUGCUAAAUGUCAGGGACUAAUAGAGAACAAGUGUUUUGUUUGGAACACUAGCACUACUAAAGAGAUAGUUCCACCACAAAAGCAAUUAUUUGGAUGAAUAUCUUGUAUAUGAUGUAAAAAGUAUUAGGUGAAAUGCUAGGUAAGGUACGCAAAUAUCACUGCCAAUGCUGAUGGCACAUGCAUUUGGUGCUCUCUAGUAUCGGGAAGAGCACUACUGUUCUUAAAAUAACAUUUUGACUGCUGCAUCAGAUUAACACCUGUUUUUGCAUGAUUACAUAUAAUAUUGUGAACAAGCAACCAAAGAGGACCCUGUAGACACCCCAAAACACAUCAUGUUGGAGUAACAAACAGUCAUGUAAAAUACAAGUAUUCAUUUGUCUUAGAUGGUAAUGUAUGUAUAUUUUUAUGGUUUUGUACAUCUUAUAUGCUGUAAAUAAAAAACUGAA